GACGAAUCAUAUCACCCGGAUUGGUGCGUGUUUGCUCUAUAUUUUUCUUUUGGUUUAGUGGAGGGAAUGUGGAAUGCUGAUGUCGAGGUGUGUGUAGAUGGCGAGUUGGCUCAGUUGUCCGAUAUACACUUUGGAAUCAAUGCGUCGCUGCUACAAAUGUGGGAUGCUAUCCCGGAGCGAGGUACACGAUUGAACGGAGACGGGAUUGCUGAUCUUCUCCGGUUCCGCAAGACGAUCCCGCCUAUAGUAAUGGUCUCCCACCUGCACGCACUAUUCCCCCACAACCCCACCUUCAUAGAUCGUGAACUGCAGCGUGUAGUCGAGGCCGGGAAGAUCCGACGGAUAAACGUGAACAUGAACGCGGGCGACAUGGUGAUUGAGAGCAAGUACUAUUUCCGGAUCCUGCGAGAUCGCAAGACGGCCGUGGCAGCGGAGGACGAGAGCGCGGCCGAGAUCUUUGAGAAGUUUGAAAAGCUGCUGAGGCAGAAACCCGCGGUGACGGCCAUCACCAGCGAUUUUUUGGCAGAGUUUCAGAUCUCGGAGGAGGCUGGGAUCCGGCACUUGCUCAACACGGGGUUUUUGGUGUUGGCCGGUGCGCCGGGGGUAUACCAGAUCUCGGUGCCGAACGUGGGUUCGUUUCUGAAGAUUGUGUUUCGGACGCGUAAGUGGGUUGUUAAUCUGCUGCAGAAGACAAAGUUCGGGGAGAUGGUUGAGAAAGUCAUCCGAGAACGGUGGGAGGCGGGGGUGAAGAACCGCUGGAGAGAGUUUAGAGGGGUCAAGUUCUCGUGGGUGAUGAUGGAGUGUAAAGGCGGUGGGUGGUGUGAGCCGUUUGAGACGCCGACGGGCAGAGGCUGGAGACUUACGGGGAAACGAGAGUGAAUGUAAAUAUGAUACUGUAUUGUAAUAUAGAAGAACUGAGUGAUGAUACUUCCUAAACUGGAAAUAAACAGACAUAUUAGGAAAUGCAG